UCAUCCCCGUGUCGAGACUACAUCCUUUAUACGCGUUAUGGGAAUACAUGUCUGUGUGUGUGGAUGUCAAGAUUUUAGUUACCUUAAAAGUCAAUCCAAGUUCAGUGAGAAAAGCUUUUUCUUCUUCUUCAUUCAUUAGAGGGAAAGAGAAAAGGGUGGGGGGUCUAUGCCCUACCACCAGCAGGGACUCACGUCUGACCCAGAUAUUCAAUCUUGAAUUGAGUCAAUUCCGAAUUCUUUUGGGCGUCGGUUUUUUAUUUUUUAAAUCUCAGACUAAACAUUUUUUCCCCGUUACGUACUAAUACGCAAGAAUUUCUUUCAGAAAACAAAAUCCUUUCACUCUUUCUGUGUGAGCUUCUUCAUCAUCAUUUCUCUUUUUCUCGGCCGUUAACUGGGUUACUCGGACUCUGCCCACCUUGUGUCAAAAAGAGAGAGAGACCCAUCGUCAUUUUUCCGUUGAAAAGCUUUUUAAAAGCCAGCAUCUUUUUCGGGAAAAAAACAAAACAACAAAAACCUGCAAAGAUCAGCCAAGACGAUUGGUUUUCCGUACAAGAAAAUGAUGAUGAUGAUAAUCGAGCUAAAAAGCUAAGAAAAACUUUCGCUCAUCACGUUUCGUGCACUCAUCGGGCAACAACAGAUCAACGAGGGCAAUACUAAGAUAUCGGGAAUUACUAAAUUUCUUCCACUAAAAAGAAAAGGGUCAAGUGAAAGUUCAGGUAUCAACAAUUAAGAAUUCUGAACUAUUCCGUUCCGACGGCAAAGCCCUGAACUAAUGGAACGGUGAAACAAAAAAAUUUUUCAAUUAAAAAAGAAGAGCGUCCGAAAGGAAAAAAAAGAAGACGACAACUUGUUACAAAAAUUAAGGGGCCUAAAAUCGAACGUUUACAAUGGGAAGGACCUCAUCACCCAGCCAUCAGCAGUUCCUUUUCGGUAUGUUGGCAUUGGGCGUGUUGAGCUGGAGCGUGAAUCCGGCAUUGGGGGCUGUUCGACGUCCGCCCAAUUACCACCAUGAUCACAUGCCCGAGACGUCGUUCACGUGCGCCGGUAAAGUCGUCGGUGGCUAUUACGCAGAUCCAGAUGCCGACUGUCAAAUGUUUCACGUCUGCGUCCAAGUCGACGAACAUGACGUGAGAGAUUUCAAAUUCAUGUGCCCAAACGACACAGUUUUCGACCAGGAGAAUUUCAUUUGUGCCAACUGGUUCGAAAUUGAUUGCCGUUCGUCCACAUUUUUCUAUGACAAGAAUUUGCAACUGUUUCAACCGAAUAUUGACCAAGAUAAAAACAAAACCACCGGCACCGGUAGCUCUUCGUCGACCGGUUCGGCAACCGAGGAACCAUCCGAGCAGCAAAAGAGGCAACAGGAGCAACAACUCAAACAGUUGAUGGUUCUAGAAGAACAACAGGCUGCCCAAGUACUCAAACAACAACAGGUGAUUGACCAGCACGAACGACGUCAACAAGAACACCAGAGAAAUCAAUUGCGAAUAAUUCAAGACCAGCAAAAACAACAAGAGAAACAACAAGGACGCAAGACCGCCGCCACUUCAACCCCCGCAGUUGCUCCACGUUCCAUCAGCGCUGACAAGGUGACGACAACGCCCAGCAGCGGUCAUUACGUGGAAGAAAAAGGCGAAGAAUCGGUGAUUGAAUACGAUUAUUACUAUUACGAUUACGACGAUAGUUUGGAGCAUGGCAAUUUCUACGCAAAUGACGACUACGAUCCGAAAGCUCCUGGACGGAUCAUCGAUCCUACCAACGCUCGACCUCCUCUCCUUCCCAUUAUCCCUCCAUCCACCUCGUCCUCUGUCGUCAAAGCCUCGACUCAAGUCGACGAUAAAACGAAACAUAAAUUAUAAAUUGCUGAAUAAAUAAUAAUUAAAUAAUAAUAAUCUUUUAAAGAAAAAAUGACGCCUUGUGUUGUAAGAAGAAAUUGUGUUUUUUUCCUUCACUCCUCCCUUUUUUCUAAAUAUUACUACUCCAUCCAUCCCCCCUCCCCAGUGAAUGGAAUUUAAUAAUAGCGUUACGCGCGAAAAAGCCUUCCCAAAUAAAAUUCUAAAAAUAAAUAAAUAAAAAAAGCUUUGUCUAUGUCGGCAAUUUGUACAGGUACGGAAAAAAAUAGCAAUAAAAAAAAUAUAUAUCUAAUGACAUAAUGCUGAUCCUCCCCUUUUAAAGACUCUUUUAUUUUUCCUUUGUGUGUGCAUGUUGUGUCUGUCCGUAUGUGAAAAACAAAAUGAAAAAAAAAUUAUAUUUUUGUUAAAAGUCCCACAAGAGGAGAGAAAAUUGCGUAACGGAAAUUGGUUGUCUUCAUGACGGCAAGGAAAUAAAAUUCAAAAAACGAAAA